AACGAAUCCUCGACAUCCUCGACCACGGACCAGCCGCGAAGGAAAGCGUGUUCGAGUUCCAGCUCCGAUUCCAAGCGCACCUAGACAACUACCUCAGACGACGAAGCAGACCUCAAUAUGUCGUGGGCGGGGUUCAAGAAGAACGUCAACCGGGCAACGACCCAGGUCAUGAUGAAGACUGGGCACGUCGAAAGAACCAACGAUCGAGACUACGAGGUCGAAGAAAGGUAAACACAGCUCACGUCUUCGGUACCCGAUGUCGAUUCAACGUUCAAGAGAGAAGCUGACGCAGGCGCACGCGGGGCAAACAGGCGAUACAGAACGAUGGAGUCGGCAGCCAAUCGAUUACAGAAAGAAGCCAAGGGAUAUCUGGACAGCCUGAGAGCAAUGACGGCGUCGCAAAUGAGAAUAGCAGAGACGAUCGACGCAUUCUACGGAGACGCUGGUACAAGAGAUGGAGUCUCUCGAUCGUACAAGCAGGCCGUCGAAGAUUUGGACGCAGAGACCAUCAAAGCCCUUGACGGACCAUACCGAACCACAGUUCUUGAACCAAUCUCUCGCUUCUGCGCAUACUUCCCCGACAUCAACGAGUGUAUCAAAAAACGAAACAACAAACUCCUCGAUUACGACGCGCUGCGUGCCAAGGUCAAGAAACUGGUAGAGAAACCGGACAAGGACGUGACCAAGCUACCACGAGCAGAGAAGGAAGCUGAAAUGGCCAAGCAAGCUUACGAACAAUUAAACGAACAACUUUUCACCGAAUUACCCCAACUCAUCGACCUUCGUGUCCCUUACCUCGACCCAAGCUUCGAAGCUCUUGUCAAGAUUCAACUCAGAUUCUGCGCCGAAGCUUACAGUCGCAUGGCACAGGUUCAACAAUACUUGGAUCCGGAUACUCGAGAUCAAUACGCCCGUGGAGACUUGGACAACCGUGUCGAACAGGUCCUUUCGGAGAUUCGAGAUCUGACCAUCGCUGGUACUGUUUGAUCAGCGUCACCGGUUCUCCAGGGAAGGACUAUGGACGCGAACACGGUCUUGCUUUUUUCCGACCUUGGCCCCUUGUGCUUGAUUUUUCCGAGUCUGUCUGUCUGGCUGAAUAUGACAAUUACCCAUGCAAACAGCCAAAACAACAACCACAAGAACCACCUUGGAAUUCUGCAACAGAUCAAAAUCUUGAAAAACAGCUGGAUGAUGGACGAAUUGGAGUGGGAAGGGAGUGCUUUUAGCAUAGCGAAUGGAGUCUUUUGGUUUCUUGUUUGAUUGACGGGAAUACUUGAUAAACCGAGCUGUUCUCACAAUGAGAAGCAGAAUUGAGGGAAUGAGUGCAUCAGGCAGACAUUGUCGCUCUUUCCCAAAUGCAUGGACUGGCAAUAGGAUGGUAUUCUACCGCUGAUUAUGGUCUUUCAUGCACACCAAGCAUGGGUGGCUAUUACUUGAAGUUCCAACCAAGGUAGUUUAAGUAGAAGAUCAUGAAUACCUGUCCCAUGCAUUUUUAUUUCUCAUAGUUUUAUAUUCCGUACACACAUAAUCUCUAAG